UAUAUACAGUUAACUGUCGAAGGCCUAACUCAUGUGAGCGUAAUGAAAUAGGGGGCGUAGAGACCGCAAGCGGAAAGAAAGAAUAGUGUUUUUAGGGACAUGUCGAUAGAUAUUGCACCGAACUCGGAUGGGUCUACGACCUUGAGGAACGGAAGCCAAUGUGGCUGCUGUUUCGUGGUCACUUAUUGUCAUCAUUUAGGCGCACUGUCGAAUCACGCGGGUAAGAAAAGUUGAUGCUCCUUCGCCUUCACAGAGUGUCCCGUCUUCAGGAGGACCGUUUAAUGGAUUGCGCUUGGGAGUUGGUACCCAAAUAAGCCGAGAUUUUUGUUCGCUGCCCUAUAGAACAGUGAAAGCUCAGCAAUAUAUGGAAAAUAAGUAUCGAAUGUGUCAAACCUGAGCAAAAAUAUGCAUAGCGUCCCCAUAUUUGCAGAGAGCAAUCGUGGAAUACACGACGCAGUCUUUGAUCCCGUAUCAACAGUAGUUGUGUUAAGUUGAAAUAGGUCAAACCCAGUUUGACGGGCGAAGUCAAUGCAACAAAUAGAGAUACUAGUUAAAGGCACGGAUUCUCACGUACAUUCUUUCAGCUCUCUUGAUGAUUGUUGUACGGUGCGGAUGAUGAUGAUGAUGAUGAACCGAUACAAUCAAGCGACGAGGCCACCAACGCAGUGCCAUGCGAAAGAAAUGUUUACUUUUCUGUUCUUGCCGAAAGGUGGCGCUCCUGAUAGUGGUUAUAAUAGAUUACAACUAGACGGGCAAUACCCGCACGGGUUAUUGCCUUUGCUUCGUCUGUCGGGUUGCUUCACCUAUUCCUCAGCGUUAGCCUUGUUCCGUUUGUUGUAGUUUAGUAAUUUACACACAUACACACGUACGCGCACACACAGCGAGAAGUGGCUACAGAGAGACAUUUAUGCAAACAUCGAUACGCAGACAAAAACGCAUAUUCGUCCUGCGUGUAUCGGAACGGUGCUCCCUACGACUGCUGUGACUGUUAUCACCCCUUGCAGCGAAAACGCUGUUUGUCUAAAGAGGCGCGCACAGGGUUCUCGCUCAGACGGGUUCUCCAUGGUCAGCAGCUGCAAGGAGGUUAUCUUUAUGCCCUUUGUUUGGCAAUGCGACGGCAGCAAUGUGCGGUGUGAACAAUACUUGUGUGCUUAUUUGUCAGCAAAAAUACAUGCCUAGACUAUGCCUAGACCCAAUAGCGGCAGAGGAGUUACAAAGGACCGCAAAGAGCCUGACGAUUGGCAUUAAGGCGCAGACAGCUGGUAAUCGGUAAUCAACAAUAUCGAUAUGCACUUACCCGUACGCGAGCACCGACUAUAAGAGAGCUGGCAAAUUUUUGGCGAGAGCAGCCAGCGCGCUUUUCUAAAAAACAACGUUGUAUUGAUGUACCGCCGGAACCUACAGGAUAGAACAACUUCCGUUAGUACAAAUAAAAGGGACUUCGCAAAACUUGUGACCAGUGGCAGUAAGCCUGUCCCAUCGACAGCCGCUGGACAAGGAAGCAGCUUUACGCUGAGCACCAUUACAGAAGAGACUGCAGCAAGAAAGCAUCGCAUUUAUUUCCAAAGAAAAUCUUUCAGAAGUGUCUCGAGUGCCAUUGAAGAUAUUAUUGCCAACUUCCGCCCCCUACAUAUGGACAAUAUGAUUCUCGUGUGUGUUUUGUGUCCCGGAAUGGGCCUCUGCGGCGAUCUUCAGAAAAUGUGCUACUGCCCGACAAAGUGUCUGAUGGCCCCGUCAGAUGAAAACGUCAAACUUCAGGAGCCAACGCAACCGUUAGCCGUUGAAUCCAUCGACGUUGUGAUCCGUCAGAUCAAUUACGAAGACACAUGUCCGCUACGACGUGAAGUACUCCGACCUGACUUAGAAGUCGUCUUUUACGAGGGUGAUCACAACGAAACAUCGAUUCAUCUCGGAGCCUUUGUCGCCAAUGAGCUAGUGGGAGUCAUUUCACUCUUCCAGGAGGAUUUCGGUGAGGUAAAAGCUGACGAAGCUCCGGCGGUGCACUUCCCGACGCCGGCGGGGAACACCCAGUGGCGCAUUCGGGGCUUCGCCGUGGCUGCGAAAAUGCGAAGCAAGGGACUCGGAACCAAACUAAUUGAAGCAUGUAUCCGGUGCUCUAAAGAGCGAGGAGGUCGUAUGGUUUGGUGCGUGGCUAGAUGCACCGCCGAAGUCGUAUACAAGCGGCAGGGCUUCAACCGGACCGGAGACGUAUUCGUUAUCGAAGGUGUUGGCCGAGUAGUACACAUGUUCAAAAACAUCUAGCCAAGCACUGCGUUACGCCUACAACAGACAGGCCAGGAAUUCUGACGACAAGACAGUACAUGUGUGAAAUAGCAGAUAUGAUAUCGCAUGCGUGACAAUUUGUACCAGAUCUGCACUGCAACAAUGAACGGCAGCAACAAUAACAAGAACACAACAAUAACAGCAAAAACAACAAGAGCAACAACAAUAACAUCAGCAGCAGCAGAAGUCAGUUAGCGAGUCGAGGCUGAAAUUGCAGCGCCACCUACACGUGGCGAUUUGCAUAUCAACCAGUGACCCGUCAGACGUACGCUCGAAGCUAACCUAGCAGACAGUCACGCCCUCUUCCCAGUUUUCAGCAGCGUUUUUCUCCCCCGCGGUCACAGCAUCAACCAACACAAUAGGAAAACUAUAGUAUGCUCGGCGUCGUGCACAACUAACGCGGCAAAAUUUAAAAACAAAAACGUGGACGUCUACGUACGUUCCGUUGUUGUUUCGGCGUCGAUUGAAAAAGUGACUGGACAAACGAAGCGGGUGAAAACAAGAUGACAAUAGCGCGAAAUAUGACAUUUAGAACGGAAAACUUCACAAAUUCAAACGUUUACUAUGAAAUACAGGACGGUUUACAAGGAAAGCUACAGACACAAAGAGGAGAUAGGCGGUAGAACAAAUCGUUAUUUUGUAUUUUUGUAAAACUGUACAAUACUGGGAAAUCUCUUGUUCCUCCACACUGAAACAGCACUACCAUAAUGGAACAGAUGAGACACACGGAUGCCCGAACAAAACUGGGGGAACGAGGGGAUGGAAUGAUGGCUAAUGAAAUGAUUCAAAAGUCUGCUUAUAUAAUUUGUGGUAAUAUAUUGGCUUGCUAUGUUAAUUGUAGUAAGCUAUAUACACACAGAUAUAUAUAACGUUACGUGCGCAGAUGCACACAUACACACAUGCAUAAAUACACAUAUAUAUAUAUAUAUAUAUAUAUAUAUACACGCACAUACACACAAAGUACAUACUACGUUUAAUGCAUCGACAAACAACCACGAAAGUAACAACGGCUUGAAGCGAUGACGAUGAAGCCAGUUAGAUUGACGAAGUGAGUUCGCUCAGCGGAAACUGUUGGUAACCGCAAAGAUUGUAAAUGGGGUUUAGCAGUACCGUCGCAGCAAGAUCUUAAUGUAUUACUCUAUAAUAUGUACUAUUGCUGCUAAUCAACAUCUGAUCAUUGUGCGCUGUGGCCGCAAACGGAGUUAUUUUGCUUACACGUUUUGAAUAGUACAUAUAUAAAAAUAGGACUAUAUAUAUAUAUAUAUAUAUAUAUAUAUAUAUAUAUAUCAGCUGAAGAAUCGAGAGCUGAUGCUAAUAUUAGUACUAUUACUGUAAUACUUUAUCCGACAAAUAUAUGAAUAAUAAUGGACGAUAAAUUCAGUAUUCUAACUUAUUAACGGGGUGAAAAGUAAGACGUCUUGAGUGGACUGGGUAAGCAACGCUUCCGAGCAAAGGGAGGGACUUGUUCAGUAAAAAUGAUUACAAAACAUCGAAAGCAUAGGUCCUAAGAUGUUUAAAUAUCUAAUGAAUAAGCUGAUUGGCGGCUCCACUCAUGAACGAUUUUUCUUGAGAAGGAUUGCGUCCGUUUUCCUUUCGUUGGCGGAAAUGCUCGCUGCAAAGUCCCAGCCCUGCCAACCCCUAUAGCAAGUAUUUAACAACUCUGUAUAUAAUUUUGUUUAUGUAUUCGCGAUGCAUCCGGAUGUCGGAAAUGGACCGUCGAGGUAGCGGAAAAAAGUCCUAUGUCGAACAAACGAUCACAUUGGCGCGAAGGUCGAAAACGGACAAAAAGGAAAAAACUUUUCAUUUUCUUUUGAAAACCCAAGUCUAACUUUUCAGUGCCUUCGCACCUUAAACUCUUAGUCGACAAGACUCUACCUGCGGAGUUAUGGGGGACAAGUUUAUUUGGCGACAAUGUUAUCUGCUAAAUGCUAAUUGCUAUCCUUUAUACAAUAUAUUUCUGUGUAAACAAGAACUAGAAUCAAGCCAUGGCAAGCUGGUAUGAAGUAGGCUCGUGCCCUAUGGAAGGCGGCUGAACCUAACAUUCCGUAAUAAUAUUAUGCCAUCAUAUGACAAGCACCAUCGCAGAGAAGUAAAAGACUGGGUCCGGCUGCUAAUCGUUUGUUCCUGUUUGUUGCGUAUUACCAUAAUGAAGAUAACCAAAGCUGUCGUGACCACUAGGUGUACCACAGAUCGAGGGCAAAAACGGAAAGAAACUGCAUAAUCGCCGAGCCCGAAGACUCUACUACAGGAGCCUUUAAACAGUUAAGGAACGGGCAAGACGGGUCAUAUAUAGGGCUAUCAUCAAAAACACGACUUUGUGGUUAGGUGGAUGAUUUUAUGGUAUGGUUUUAUAUGGUAAUAAAAUUAUAACUAAAUACGGAUAACAGCGUAGGACAGAAUAUAAUGUCGUCUGCUAUUUGGUGAUUAAUGCAGUCUAACAAACCCAACAAGUCGUCUAGCUAAUCGUAAAGCUACAUUUUACGAUAGAUGACGAUGACGGUGUUUGUAACCUGGACUGUCUUAAAAGGCCACGUCUGUGUUUUGGGUUAGGCCAAAGAUGAUAAUGGAACAUGUUUGGAAGGGAGUAAUUAUUCUCAAAAAUACCACUAUUUCAAAGACAGCACGUCAAGCGUCAGCUCAUAAUAAAUAAACAAUGAAAUACCAUUAUAUAAAAAGAUGGUAGGAUAGUAUGAGUAUUACAGCAGCACUGUUUUUAUGGCCCAAUAAGUGGAUGGCAAGGUUUUUACUUAACUAGACAGAAUGAACUAAAAAGCUUAUAGGACGUUGCUGUUCACGAACGAUGAAAAUAUUAGAAGUAGCGUAUUGGAAAAAAAUACGGUAAAAUCAACAAAGAGGUGACAGUAAAUAUCGAUCUUGUACCCCAGUAGGAUGUUAUCGUAGCUUCUACGAAUUUCAUUAAAAACAUCUACUAUAAAAAAAAUAGGUCAGUCAUUUGGAAGUACGAGGGUCUUUCGGAGUUUUAAUGUGUUUUUGCAAUUACGUCGAUGGCAAGCCAAUCGGUUGUACCGAAACAUAAUUCGGUUCAUCUGUGUGAACUCGUAUCCUGUACGAAAAAGUAAUCAGUGCUACAAAAGCCUAUAUAGCUGUUUGUUUAGGACAAACUGGCAUCUUCAUUCCUGAUAAAUGAACAUGCAAUUGCCGUCCAUAGGCCAGCCCAUCCUUUAAAGGUCGCCAGUGUACCUUGCCACCCUCCGGAAAUGCGAAAAAUAGGAUCUGCUAUUCCUAUGUGCUGUUCUUAAGCGCCAGGUUUUGCAACACUACAGAAUAAUCGCUUUAUCUCUUGUACUGUCGACCUUGCGCAUAUGCCAUAAUUUUGUUUCCACCAGUCAACUGCAGUGAAUAUUAGCAGACAGAUGGCGUCCUUUAUGGCGAGAGUGGUCUUAACUGGUUUUUUGAGGUCAACCUUGCUAGAAAGGAUGGAAAUGGGCCGUGCAUGGCCAUUUAUCGGAGCUGCUAUCAUUAAUGUUUGUCACCUUCGGAAAUAAUCAGCCGAAUAUAUAAUUUUCUUCUUCGUCUUCGUUUGACGCGGGUUGAUUACCUAAAAAACUACGGUGCUCGCUUACGGCAUGUAUUGGCAAGAUAGUUUGUCUCACCAAGGGAUGGGCCACAUGUGGGUUCCUAGGUGGUCGAUCGGUCGAAGGGGAUGAAAGGGCCAGCAUGCACGUGUACACAUGCGUGCAGCCAACGAAACAGUAUCGGAGAAUAGUUUUCAUGUAUCCUCAGUCCUUUCAUGUAUUGUAUUUCCAUUUACCACUCGAAUUCAGAUUCUGAAGCGAAAAAGCAGCCUGCCAGGAGAGGAGGCGCUUCGGGGUGCGCCUGUCUUCAUCUAUUUCUCCUGUUAGUGAUACGUUGUUUCCUAGCGUGUAACUAAAAUCUAUCUAAAGACUAAUCAACAUAAAAAUGUAACUUGGAUUUUAAUAAGUCCAAGACAAGUCACAAAAUGUAUUCAUCGGUAUGGACGCGUCCUCGUCGAUUCGGAAUGACUUCAGAGAAACUACAACACCCAACUGACAUGUCUAUUCGUUAACACGAAAACAAUAUAGCACGUAACAACUGUCUUCAUAGUUGAUACAACGCACAUAAAAGGCACAGACGUUGCGUUUUACGUGCUAAAUAAGGGAAGUUCAUGGAGAUGUAGAGUUUAGUAGCUGGGUUUUGAUGAAAGGGUGUAAGAUGUCGAAAAUGUAAAAACGAUUAUUGAAAGCGAAAAUUUACAUAGAACCGUUAAGAAAAAUUUGGCCCAAUUUGUGAUUACUGCUAUCCUAAAAUUAGGUUUUCUCCAACUCAGUCAUAUGUUGACUUCGUUACUUAGUACACAUAAUACAUUUUUCCAUUUGGAUUGUUGUCGUUCGUGCCACAAUGGUGUAUUUGCGUCAAUCGAUGAACACGGGAUUGUGAUUGCCCGAAGUCCCCUCUAUACACGACUUGUAUAAACCAUGUAAACCCAAGUGAAGCAAAUAGAUUUUAGCUAUCGCAAAUGAGCCAAUAUGCA